CACAGAGUACACCUCUUCUCAAAGCAAAAACCUCAUAUAGAUCAAAUGGGCUUCACUGGCAGUUGUUUUCACAAUAAUUAUUAUUAAAAGUGUGUAAAUAAAUCCAACCUCAUAGAAAAUGGAACAUCAAAAGAGUCAUGGGGCUUCAAAACGACCGACUAAAAGCAGACAACCAAAUGUUGUGGGAGCCAGAUCGGAUAGUAUAGGCGUUGAAAAAGAUAUUAACAAAGUGAAAAUCGUUCCAGCUAAUGCUUCCUUUGGAAGACGUGGACAUGGAGCUGGAUGGUAUUGUGAAGCAUGCAACGAGACGUAUAAGGAUUCGCUUAGCUGGGUUGAACAUUUAAAUAGUACACAGCAUUUGCGAAAAACCAGAACUAUUGUCACCGAUAAAAGGGCGACCUUAGAAGAAGUGAAGGAGAGAAUGGAAUAUUGGCGUCAACAACUCCUACAACCACAAAUUGGAUCAAAGGAAUAUAGCUUGCAAGAGCGUACAAAUUCCUACAGAGAGGAAUUGCGAAAGCAAAAAUUAGAAAAGCAAAGAAAGAAGCGAGAGUUGGCGAACCGAAAACUGGAGGAACCGUCGGGUUCAGAGGACUCUGAACUAGUUCAGGUGAUGGGACUUCGAGGAUUCGGAUCCACAAACCUCUAAUCAACUUUGUAUAAAAUUUGUACGUACGAGAUUUAACAUAGAAUUUACAAUGUUUCAGUUGCUCUUAUAUUAUCCCAUACUACUUUUUCUCUCUCGCCAAAUUGAAGUUUAUUGAACAUGCAAUAAGGCGUGUUCGCUUCCAAUCGAUAACGCUGUGGUUCGUUAUUGGCAAGAUAGGUCGCUAGCUUGCAAAUUGUUACUUUCCAUGGUAGUAAAAGCUGCUGUAGACGAAUUUGAUGUAACCAGAUUAUCACGUAAUCAUUUACUUCCAACCUUCGCACUCUACCACUUUUGGAUUUUUGACUUAAAUAGAUAUUAGAAUCCCCAAGAUUAACAAGCGUUGCAUUCGUUGUUAGAUUCAAAGCG